UGAGGUCACGAAGUAUGGCCGCUCGGUGCCGCGGCGGCUGAGGCGGCGGAGUUGUGAGGAAUCCGCAUCCAUCCUGCAGUGGAGCUGCAGCGCCGGUGCGCCUGCCUCGCCACUGUCGCGCGGCGGGACCGAGGCCGCGAUGGCGUCAGGAGCCGUAGGGCUGUGAGGCGGUAGAGCGCGAGCCGGUGGGGUGGACAAGACAGCCGAACAGGAUCGGGGACAGAGCGGGCUGCCGCUAUGGAGCUGAGGGUCGGGAACCGCUACCGGCUGGGCCGCAAGAUCGGGAGUGGCUCCUUCGGGGAUAUUUACCUAGGAACUGAUAUUGCAGCUGGAGAGGAGGUUGCCAUUAAGUUAGAAUGUGUGAAGACCAAACAUCCUCAGCUCCACAUUGAGAGUAAAAUCUACAAAAUGAUGCAGGGUGGAGUGGGUAUUCCCACAAUUAAGUGGUGUGGAGCUGAAGGGGAUUAUAACGUAAUGGUGAUGGAGUUGUUGGGACCAAGUCUUGAAGAUCUGUUCAAUUUUUGCUCAAGGAAAUUUAGCCUCAAGACAGUUCUCUUACUUGCUGACCAAAUGAUUAGUCGAAUUGAAUAUAUUCACUCCAAAAACUUCAUCCACCGAGAUGUGAAGCCGGAUAACUUCUUAAUGGGCCUCGGAAAGAAGGGCAAUCUUGUCUACAUAAUAGACUUUGGAUUAGCAAAGAAGUACCGAGAUGCUCGAACUCACCAACAUAUCCCGUAUCGUGAAAAUAAAAACUUAACAGGAACUGCCCGUUAUGCAUCCAUCAAUACUCAUCUUGGAAUUGAGCAAUCUCGCAGAGAUGACUUGGAGUCCUUGGGCUAUGUACUGAUGUAUUUUAACCUGGGCUCCCUCCCCUGGCAGGGACUGAAGGCAGCAACAAAGAGGCAGAAAUAUGAACGUAUCAGUGAAAAGAAAAUGUCUACACCCAUUGAGGUUUUGUGUAAAGGAUAUCCUUCUGAAUUUGCUACAUACUUGAAUUUCUGCCGUUCUUUGCGUUUUGACGACAAACCAGACUACUCAUAUCUAAGGCAAUUAUUCAGAAACCUUUUCCAUCGACAAGGAUUCUCCUAUGACUAUGUGUUUGACUGGAACAUGCUCAAAUUUGGUGCAAGCAGAGCUGCUGAAGAUGCAGAACGUGAAAGGAGAGAACGAGAGGAAAGAUUAAGACAUUCACGGAAUCCCGCUGUCCGUGGCUUACCCUCCACUGCUUCUGGCAGGCUGAGGGGAACACAAGAUGUAGCUCCUCCUACUCCUCUUACUCCAACUUCACAUGCUGCCAACACUUCUCCUCGGCCAGUGUCAGGUAUAGAACGAGAAAGGAAAGUGAGUAUGCGGUUGCAUCGUGGUACUCCAGUCAAUAUCUCAUCAUCUGACUUAACAGGCCGACAAGAUACCUCUCGUAUGUCAACCUCACAGAAUAGCAUUCCUUUUGAACAUCAUGGCAAGUAGCUGUUCGUCUCCUUUCGUUGGAAGGCAGCACUGGAUUCCUGCUCGGGUAACUACCAGUGUUCUCCAGUCUGCUGUGCACCGAUGAAAAUUGUUUUACCGUGGAGGGCAGAUAAUGCAUGGCUGAUCUCCUAUGUUGCCAAUGGCUUUACUAGCAAAAAUACCCUAACUUAGAGUGGAAGUGUUACAACGGGAGUUCUCCAUGUGACUUAAAAGGCACUUGGAGGAACAUGAACAUACUCCAUCAGCUGCCAUUACAGGACGCUUUUGCCAGAAACCCAGUGACCUUAAAAGAACUCUGUAGUAAGAGCUGGAGAAGAGAGAUGGUUUACACAGAUAACUGCCUGUUAUUGGAUGGCCAUUUUAAUUCUCCCUCCACAGGCAGCAGACUUUACCCCUUUUUAGUAUUCUACUGUAACUAUAAAAUCUUUUACUUGAUUUCAGAAAAUUUUUGUAUCAUUUUGCUAAAGUUUUUGGCUUAAGUCUCUGUAAAGAACUCUAUCUUCCUUUUGUCUGAUUUAAAAAUGUAGAAUAUAAACAAUCCCAGUGAAAGACUGGGGUUUGAGGGAUUUAGAGUUCGAAGGCUUAUCAUAUCUCUCUGCUUUAUUUGAGAAAAUGGAUUGUUUCAAACUUUUCUUUUUCUGGGUAAGGUCGUGUUUCUUGCACUCUGAGGCUGGUUGGUUUGGAGGGAAUUGCCAGUAGAAAGCGAAUGUUGCCAGACUCUGCAAUGAAUUGAUAUGUUUACUUUAACAACUACUUGUUCAGAAAAAAUUGCCUUCUGUUUAAUGCCAAGACCCAAAAUGGGAUUAUGAAGUAUUCUUGCUGUGAAAUUCUGAGAAUUUUCAAAACUUAGGUAUGUACCUUAUUUGAUUCUUAAUCAUAAUCAAUCUGUGUAUUUCCAGAAUCAUUAGCCAUCAACUAGGAAUGAAUGACAUAGCUUGUUUAGUUGUCCAAAAAAAAAUUGCAGAUAUUAUGGCAGAUGUCCUUCAGGAAUAUAGGAUAAUCUUUAUAUUGUUCAUUACUGUAAAAAGUUCCCAAAAUUAGAUAUUUUGUCCUAAUAGUAUUUGGAACAGUAUCAGGAGUACUGUUUUUAUUAAUAUCACUGAAGUUAUAGGAAGUCCUAUGCUGGAAAUGAAAGUAAAGUACAUAUGCAACUUUUGUUUGAAAAGUUAGCUAUUUCAAGAAACUUUUCUCUGCUUGAAAACAAAUUAUUUAAUGGCUUAUUUGCCUUCAAAGUUUUAUUAAGAAUAGUAUUUAUUGUUCAAAAGUUUGCAAGUUCUUCCCUCUCUCAAAAAUCACAUAUUAAGUAUUCCUUGGCUUUCUUCAGAAUUUUUCAGAACAUUAACUUCACAGUUAGAUGUACUCCAGGUCUGACAAAAAAACUGUUUGGGAGAAUAUAGUGGAAUAACGUAAGAGUUUGAUCCAUAAAUAAGUUUGCAUAACAGAUUUCUUUCCUGAGUUACUGUAAUCUUCAGCAUUUUAGGCAUGUGCACUGUCAUUUGAACAGUUCUACACUUCACUGUGCUUUCCUUGUAAAUAUCUGUGGUUAAUAUGUACUGUUAGAGGGACUUUCAAAGGCAGUCUCUUUAUUCCCUCUGUAUCUGGAACAUUAGAUUACUGUACUGUACUUAAAUGUUGACUACAGAUUUCUAGACUUGUACUCAGUUGUGGGCAAUUUUUGUCCCUCAUAAUAGUCAAAUUCCAUCAUGUGAAGAUAUAGUUAGACUGUCUGUAUAAACCUGUGUAUUGGAAACCGGUAGCUCAGAGUACUUCAUUUGUACUAUCACUGUAUUUGUGUACUUUAACAAUUGUGUAAAUACAUUCAUAAUGACUUCUACUCUUCCUUGGUGUAACUUAAUCAUGAUGAAUCCUUCCUCUUUCCAUGGUGUAAUUUUGUUUACCUUUUUAAAGGGUUUCUGUACACAUAAAGAACAUUCUCAAUUAUGAACACUUGAAGAAAUUGUGGUAAUAUAAAACUUUCACUGAAGGGUUUUUGCUAGUCACAGGAUACGGCUGUAAGGGUACACAAGAGGGAAAAAAAGAAGGCAUUCAUUGCUUGUUUCACAGAAAGUAAGCCUUUUUCUCUUUCAAGGUAGUUUUUGCUUGUAUGGAUAUUGCUUCUUUUGCAGAAGUCUUCUUGCAAAGGCUUUGUUUUACCAGCCAAUACAUUAUUUUAGUAAGAAGAUUAAGAAGACAAGAAUAUUUAUCUUUACCUGCAGUACCCUGUUUAAAAUCUUUUGUUCUUGGCACAUAAACCUCAAAAGUUUACAAAAUCUGAGGGCAGAAAGGCCUUCAGGAACCCUUUUGGUCUCUCUGAUUACAGAUCUUUGAAAGGUGAAGAUUUAUUAUUUUAUCCCCAUAGUUUUCAAUCAAAAUUGGAUAUGUUCUUUUAUGUGGAAAAUCACCUGUGCUGCAGUUGAAGAUAAUGCUGGUGUCUGAGUGUCUGAAUUCUAUGUGAUACAAGUACCUUAAAAACAGUUGAUAAUAAAUCCUAUAUUUUAAAAGAUAUAUUGAUGUAAAGGGAUUUAGAGAGUCUGUGUAUUCACUUGUUAACUUCUUGAAAGUAUUUGAAAUCUCCCUUAGAGGAGGUCAUGUAGAA